CCGCGGCCACCACCACCGCCUCCCCGCGCCGUUGCGAGUUGCGACCCACCCGAACCGAUUCGAAUAUCCCCCCGCCGCCCGGCGCCGCGCGCUCGCCCCCCACCCCCGCAAUGCGGCACGCCUCCAGCGCCGAGGAGGUCGGCGCGCUCCUAGAGCGGAGCGACUCCGCCGGCCGCCGCCGCCGCUCGUCGCCGGUGCAGUCCGCGUCCCCGCGGCCCGCCGGCUGCUGCAGCGGCGGUGGCGGCGGCGGCGGCCCGAGGCGACAGUCCUCGUUCCGCGACGAUGUCGGGCACGCCGCCUCCGAGACGUACCUCGUCACGCGCCUCACCUUCACCCUCCUGCAGUACCUCGGGUUAGGUUACCAGUGGAUGUCGCAGCUACUUGCCCUAACAAUAUAUGCAAUUUUACUUAUGCCAGGUUUUUUACAAGUUGGAUAUUACUAUUUCUUCUCAAGUCAGGUUCGUAGAAGUAUAGUAUAUGGAGAACAACCCAGAAACAGGCUAGAUUUGUAUAUACCCAAAGAUAUCAGCAGACCCUGCCCAGUGGUGGCCUUCGUAACUGGUGGGGCUUGGAUUAUUGGUUACAAGGCAUGGGGUGCCCUUCUUGGAAGGCGGUUGGCUGAGAGAGGAAUCAUAGUUGCUUGCAUUGAUUACAGAAAUUUCCCUCAAGGAACAAUAGGUGACAUGGUUAGCGAUGCUUCCCAGGGGAUUUCUUAUGUGUGCAACAACAUUGCUAGCUAUGGAGGUGAUCCUAAUCGGAUCUACUUGAUGGGUCAGUCAGCAGGAGCACAUAUUUCUGCAUGUGCCCUCAUGGACCAGGCAGUGAAAGAAUCUAGUGGGCAGUCCAUUUCUUGGAGUGUUACACAAAUCAAAACAUAUUUUGGUUUAUCUGGAGGAUACAACAUCCAUCGCUUGGUUGACCACUUCCACGAGCGUGGUCUUAAUCGUUCAAUAUUUCUCAGCAUAAUGGAAGGGGAGGAAUCAUUGUCGCGUUAUUCUCCUGAAAUUGUUGUCAAGCAGUCAAGUUCCCAGAUAAUAGCUCUUCUGCCGCUUAUUGUUCUUAUGCAUGGAACUGAAGAUUAUUCAAUACCAUCAUCUGCCAGUCAAACUUUUGCUGAUGUCCUUCAACAAGUUGGUGCUCAAGCCAAGUUACUGUUGUACGAAGGCAAAACACAUACAGAUAUAUUUUUACAGGAUCCUCUUCGUGGUGGAAGAGAUCCAUUGGUUGAAGAUGUAUUGUCUGUUAUUUAUGUUGAUGAUGAAAUUACACAAGAAAAGAUUUCUGUGACACCUGCUCCAAGACGCCUGGUGUUUGAGUGGCAAUUACAGCUGGCCCGUCGAAUUAGUCCAUUCUAGUAGAGUACUCUCAAUGACUAUAGAACAUUACUUAUCAAAACAGAAACUGAACAUGCAUGCGUAGCAGAUCACCUGCACAGAUGGUACAAGAAAUCAAGGAGGAAAUAGCAAAUUGGCGUUUUGCUGGGGUGCUACAUGCCUACAUGGAUGCCGUGAGUAGUCCGCAUGUGGUAAUCUAGUGGACGCCCCCUCCCCCUCUAGGUUAGGAGUACAAUCAUGACAGCCUUUUGUCAUGAGCCUGUAAUCUGCCUGUAACCUCUGUAAUCUCUGUAAAUUCUAAAGCUUAAUGAAAUUUGGUUGGUCUCCUUUCCGGCCAACCCG